AUGUCAAGUCAGCAAACUUUAUGGGUUCAAAAGCACGCUGCACAAACAAAACCAUCAAUAAAACAUCGACAGUAUAAAACAAUAUUAAAGCAUACAGGGUUAAAAUCAUCCAAUCAAACUCGAAUCCAGGAAUCAGAAAUAGUCGAGGAUGAUUUACAACUUCAGAAUCCAGUCGUCCAGACAGCGGUCACUUCGAUGUUUCUAAAAAGCUGGAAAGGUCUAUCACUUUUGUCUAAAGAUGAAUUGACAAAACUCACAGGACUUUUACCCAUUAAAUCAACCAAGGAACUCGUACAAUCAUUAAAAAAACACAUCAUGUCAAAUCCUUCAUUUACAAAUUCAGAUGGAACCAUUAAUUUAAAGGCUCCAGGACUGGUUGUCAAUCAACUGUCAACUGCCUGGCCUGAAGACUAUCCAAAAUUCAUCAUAUAUGCUCUAUGCUCGGUAUUUGAAAUAUCCAUCAGUAACAGCAAGGAAGAAUUCAUGGAAAGUGUAAUGGUUUUUAUCCUGAAAAGCAAAUCCAAUCCAACAAUCAUAAACGACAUUUUUAAAAAACUUGGACUGCCAAGUAAAGACAUUACUAAAUCCAGGCUGACAAAUAGUGAUAUGCAACUACUCGAAUCAAAGUUAAAGCAAUGUUCUCAUCAGCAAGUACAAAAAAUAUUUAUUGAACACGAUAUACGUGUGGCCAAAACAACAUCAGAGCUUUCAAACUAUAUCAAUGCACAUCUUUGGUUUAACCCGCAUCUGUUGGGCUUGGAUGGAUCAUUAGAUUUGCAGCGGGUAUUUGAUAAAGGAGAUAACGGCUGCAACAUUCUAGAUUUAAACAGUCAUCCAUAUAUCGAGCGCUAUUGGUUGGAAUCGCUAUGCUAUCUAUUUGGAAUAGCGGUGGUGCGUUCCAAAAGAGAUUAUCUAGAAUAUAUAUACGACUAUAUUCUGCAAAAAAACAUACGUCUACCCAAAAACGGUGGCAUCUUUUCUCUACCUGUACCUCCAAGUACACCCUAUGGCAAACCUAUUGCAUCAGAAAAACCUAUUCACAUCAAAUGUCUAUCGUCACUGAGCUUUCCACGGCUGAUUACCAUUUUUACCCACUUGGGAGAAAUUUAUCACAAGAAUCGAAUCCAACAUAUUCAGGAUAUAGAGCAGCUUCUAAAAGACAAUCCAUAUCUUGUUUCCAAAGAGGGUGCUAUUGAUUUUCAAAAGUCGGAUUUUUAUGAUCACACAUCAAAUAACCCUCUUUUACAAACCACCAUCAUGGUUAAAGAUUUAAAUAAUCUAUUGUAUAACGAUUUGAGUUGCAUAUCUACUCAUCUGGGCUUGAGCGCGUAUUUGGAUAAAGACCAUUUGAUUGAUUGGCUACGAAACUACUUGAAAAGCAAUCCCAACAUGGUAAAAAGCAAUGGGCAAGUUGAUGUAAAAAGUUUAAAAGAUGUAAGAACAUCUCAAAAAACGCUGUCUUUUAUUCUCAAAGAUAUACGAAAGACUGUACAAACCCCUCAUCUCAAAAAAGAAAACCUUGCAUGA